UAUGGGCGCAGUACCCCUGAGAAGCAUGAUCCUCGAGACACUGAAGCAAGUGAUGGGGGAGAGAUCCGCAAGGUGGCUGGAGGAUGUGAUCAUCGGGUCGCGGUAUGACGAAGCUUUAGGUGCCAAGGUUUGCAAACCGGCAAAGGUGUUCAGAAGGUUCAGGAUGAACGAGUGGGAAGCGGGGUAUGUGCCAGAGUUCUGGCUGUGCGGCGCAGGGAGGCACGCCGAGUUCCUCAACACUGCCACCAUCAAGAUGCUCCCGGAAGAAGGUGCCGUGCACGUCAUCACGAAUGAUACCGGCGUGACGAACAAUGGCCAGAUGCAGCUCAUGCUUAACGCGGGCCUGAAUCACAUCCCGCUCAGAUCGCUCGAUGAGGAGUUUGUGAUGGACGAGGUCGAGAUGGCGCUGGAAAAGAUACUGACCACACGGAAAUGCGAUGAAGAGUUGUCCUUAGGGGAGGAGAGGCGUGUGAAGGCGAUCGUGCGAGAGAAUGCGAGGAAGUCCUUUAGGAGCUUUCGUGCGAAGCAUAUGCAUAUCUCAGGCGAGCCAAUCAAUAGCGUGGUGGUAAGGGGCGAGAUCGAGUGGUUGAAAAGCAGAUGGAUCACGAACACGGCGGGCUCAGUGCUCUCCCCGGUGGCAGACGUCUGCAAAUGUUUGUUGAAGCUCCUGGCGGGGGAUGAUCAGGCCCUCUGCAGAAGUAAGAGCGAAGAGGUUCGUGUCGAGCAUGGGGUCAAACCCAACUUCUGGUGGCCGAUCUCCUCGACAAGGGAGUUCGUUGCAAACAUCCCACGGCGCCUCGACUCCAUUUUCACCAGGGAUAUCACAAGGUGUUUUGAGACGAUACCCACGGACGAAUCAGAGGACGGGCUGCUGAAGGCAAUCAGUUUCUUUGUUAGCUGCGCCAUGGAAUGGAGGAGGUCCGGGACGACCAGGGAUGUCAUCACGAUCAAGGUCGCAGCAAACGACACGCUGCCCCCUUAUUGGGUAGCUGGCGAUCAGGACAGGGACAGAGACAGGCUGUACUCCGACGAGCAAGGGAUCAUCGGCGUCUGUGAAUGGCUCCUCUCCAACGGGAUGGUACAGAUGGGGAACAGGGUCUGGAAACAGAUCCUCGGGAUUCCCAUGGGAUUGGCUUGUUCCCCUAUCUUCUGUGAUAUGUAUUUCUUUAAGUAUGAGUACGAACUAAUCUCGCACCUGGUCAAAAUGCAAGAUUGGGCGGCAGUUAGAUGCUUCGAAGACACCUACUGAUAUAUAGAUGAUCCGUGUUCUCUAAACAACACGAUCAUUACCGAUU